AUGCAUGACCUUGUACACGAUCUUGCACUCUCAGCUGCAGGGGUUGAAUUCUGUGCAGUAAACUCUCACAUGCAAAACAUUUCUGGUGAGGUCAGACGUGUUGCGUUUUCUGACUAUGAUUUGUCAGGAAAGGAACUGCCAGCAUCCGUUGUCAGUAACCGGGCAUUGAGGACCAUAUCCUUCUCCGUUGAUGGAGUAGGGCUGAUGAGUUCAAUGUUCGUUGAGAACUGCAUAGCAAGAUUCAUGCAACUUAGGGUGCUAGAUAUCAGUGAUUCAUGUUUUGAUGAGCUGCCUAGCUCUGUUGGCGAAUUGAAGUACUUAAGAUAUCUUGAUGUAAGUGCCAAUGGCAGCAUUAAGGAAUUACCUGAUUCGAUCAACAAGUUGAGCUUACAGACAAUUCGAGUUUCUCGUUGUCCACAUCUUGAAUGGCUGCCUAAAGAUAUCGGAAAUUUGAUCAGCCUAAGACACUUGCAUAUAACCACCAAUCAAGCAUCUUUUCCUGAUAAAGCAAUUGGUUGCUUACCAUCUCUUCGUUCUUUGUACAUUCGUAGCUGCAAGAAUCUCGUAUCUUUGUCUGAAGAUCUGCUACAUUUGACUAGCCUUCGAACGUUGGCAAUUAUUGGCUGCCCAAGGCUGACCUUUUUCCCAAGUGCUAUGAAGCACCUUACUGCUCUAGAGAAUCUGUUGAUUGUUGACUGUGAAGAGCUUACAUUGUUGGAGUGGCAAGAUAUUGAAGGGCUUAGGAUGCUUCGGUCAUUGGUUAUCGGAGGCUUACCUGAAUUGGAGUCGGAAGAUGCUCAAUGCCUCGAGAACCUACAGAUGUUGGUGCUUGCAGGGCUACCACAGUUAGUUAGUUUGCCCCGAUGGCUGGAAGGUGCUAGUGCUACUCUACAAUAUCUGAGGGUGGAAAGGUGCCCAAAUUUCGCAGCAUUGCCAAAGUGGCUGGAAAAUCUCACCGCACUAGAAAAACUUGAAAUUUCCAAGUGCCGUAAAUCAUUUUCAUUGCCCGAGGGGAUGAGCUGCCUCACAAACCUAAAGGUACUUCAUAUCGACAACUGA